AUUUAUUCCACAAUUCAGUAAGCUUCAACAUCAAACACUAGAAUUUUUAUCCUUCUUGCAAAUCCAGAAAAGCAAAAAGAAAGUUGACAGAACCGCAAAAGCUAGAGAAAUAUGGUCUCCAUUGACAAAAACAAAACACCCACAAAUUAAGAUUCCCUCCCAACAUGUGAAAAAAAAGCUCCCUAAAUAAUAAAUCGUCGUCUUCUCCACUAUCCAAGCAAAGCAUAUCACUCCCUUUCUUUUCCUCUCUACCCUAAGCCAUGACUCUUUCACUCCUCUCUUUCAUCAUCUUCUUCUUCAUACUUUCACCCCCAGAUCACUCCCUUACUUCUGCAUCUUCCCACAUCAACCCAUGCCGAUCCUACUGCGGAAACAUAACCAUCGACUACCCAUUUUCGCUCCACUACGGCUGCGGCCACCCAGGAUUUCGAGAUCUCCUCUUUUGCAUAAACGACAUACUCAUGUUCCAUAUCGACUCCGGCUCGUACCGAGUCCUGGAAAUAGACUACGCUUAUCACUCACUCACAUUACACGACCCCCACAUGUCAACCUGCGACACCAUCGUCCUCGGCCGCAGAGGUAACGGCUUCGCCAUCGAGCAAUGGCGAGCUCCCUAUUUCAAUCCAACGGCUGAUAAUGUGUUCAUGUUAAUAGGCUGCUCCAGCCAAUCUCCGCUCUUCCAAGGUUUCCCCGGGAAGCAUUUGCCGUGCCGGAACGUUUCGGGGAUGGGUUGCGAGGAGUACUACGGGUGUCCGGCGUGGGACUUGGUGGGUCAUAAAAGGGUCGGGUCGUUUUUUGGGUCAGGGCCACCGGAGUGCUGUUCGGUGGAUUUUGAGUCGAUUAAGUCUGUAAAUCUGAGCAAGCUUGGGUGUGAAGGGUAUAGCAGCGCAUACAAUCUUGCGCCAUUGAAGGUUGAGGGAGCGAGUGGUUGGUCGUAUGGGAUCCGGGUCAAGUACUCGGUUGAGGGGAAGGAUGAAUUUUGUGGAGCGUGUGAGGCGACGGGUGGCACGUGCGGGUUUGGAGACGAUGGGGUUCGUCAGCUUUGCAUGUGUGGGGCCGUUAAUUCCACGUCAAAUUGUGAUUCAGUUAGUUCAUCAUCGGGUACAGCACGAUCAGUGGUGAACAUGUUCACAGGUAUUUUUGCGAGUAUUUCAAUAUGGAUGACAGCAACCAAUAGCUUCCGCUUCAGAUAACUUUUAAAUUAUAUCUUUUAUUCGAAAAAAUUAGUCGUAUAAGUAUUAAUUUAUUUCACAUUGUAAAUUUAGUACGAGUUAAUAUUUAU